AGUCUGCACACACACACACACACACAGCCACAUCACUGCGGCUUCAGCAUGCUGCGCGUCACCGUGCUCUUCUGCGUCCUCGCCGUGGGUUCGUGCGCGCCGCCGCGCUCCUGCGAACCUGGAGAUAAAGAUUUAGGAAGAUGCAAUGAGCCAGUAAAAGAGAAACUGCAGUGCACAGACAUGGUGCUGAGCUCCUGCCAGGAUGUUCCUUACAAGCAGGCUGUCUACCCCAACCUCAUCGGGCAGCAGACGCGACAGGAGGCUGAGCAGAGCAAUGAAUAUCUCUUACUUAAUGUGCUACAUGGCUUGCUGGGGGGUGAGUGCUUGCCCGAACUUCGCUUGCUGGGUUGCUCUGUGCUUGCUCCACGGUGUCAGAACAAUGCCAGAGUUAAACCGUGUCGCAGCUCAUGUGAGGCAGUAAAGAGGGACUGUGUCCAUGCCUUUGAGGCCAUCAGCAUGGCCUGGCCCUACUUCAUGGACUGUGACCGUUUCUUUGCAGCUGAGGAAGAGGGCUGCCAUGACCCACUAUCUGAAGUCAAAGCCAGGCAAAAUGUUGCCCUGUCCAGCAUCUCAGAUGGGGCUCAGGGAACGAUUCUUCAGUUCACAUACCACACCAAUGCUCAAAUGUUCAACAUCCUAAAGAAAACUGCAGCCAAAUGUCCUCAGAUCUCUCAAACCUAUAGCAUUGGCCGUAGUGUGGAAGGCAAGGACCUGCUGGUCAUUGAGUUCUCCAGUAAUCCUGGACAACAUGAGCUACUGGAGCCAGAGAUUAAGUUGAUUGGAAACAUGCAUGGGAACGAAGUUUUGGGCCGUCAGCUGCUCAUCUACUUGGCUCAGUAUCUGUGCUCCGAGUACCUGCUGGGCAAUGAGCGCAUCCAGACCCUUAUCAACAACACACGCAUCCACCUGCUGCCCUCCAUGAACCCCGAUGGUUAUGAGCUUGCUUCCUCUGAGGUAGACGAUAACAACGACCCUGAAAACACCAACCCAGAAGGUCACAUUUAUAAUGGUUGGAUCAGCGGCAGAGCCAAUGCUCAGAACAUUGAUCUAAAUCGCAACUUCCCGGAUUUGACAUCCAUUUUCUACAACCGACGACGCUUCCUUCGGUUUCGCACCGACCACCUCACGAUCCCUGAUUCCUACUGGGUUAAUAAGGUAGCUCCAGAAACCUAUGCUGUGAUGAAAUGGAUCAGGUCCAUUCCAUUUGUUAUCUCUGCCAGUCUGCACGGGGGAGAGCUUGUUAUCUCAUAUCCCUUUGACUUCUCAAGACACCCAGAGGAGGAAAAAAUGUUCUCUCCCACACCUGAUGAGCAGGUAUUUAAGCAAUUGGCCAGGACCUAUGCAGAUGCUCAUCCGACAAUGGCCAGCAACAAGACGGACAGAUGUGGCGGCUUAUUUGCCAAUAAAGGAGGCAUCAUCAAUGGAGCUCAGUGGUACAGCUUUGCUGGAGGCAUGUCAGACUUUAACUACCUGCACAGUAAUUGUUUGGAGCUGACGGUGGAGCUUGGCUGUGAUAAGUUCCCCGCAGAGGAAGAGCUUUACCCAGAGUGGUUGAGGAACAAGGAGCCUCUGCUUAGUUUCAUGGAGUCUGUCCACAGAGGAAUAAAGGGUGUUGUGAAAGACAAAGAUGGGAACGGAAUUAAAGGUGCCCUUAUAUCGGUUAGAGGGAUACGCCAUGACAUCACAACAGCUGAAGAUGGUGACUAUUGGAGACUGCUGAUUCCAGGUGUGCACAUUGUAACCGUCACAGCUCCUGGUUAUUCAAAAGUGGUGAAGCGGAUCAAGCUGCCUCACACCAUGCAGAAGUCAGGCCGUGUGGACUUUGUGCUAAACAAGGAGCCAGUAGAACCUGACCAUGACUACUUAUCCAUUCCUGGGUUGGAUAAUUAUGAGCGCUUUGACCCUUUUAAUGUGUUUGAGCAGCACAAUGAGCCAAAUCAUGGAGAGAAUGGAGAGGAUAGGAAUGAGAAGCCUUGGUGGUGGGCAUACUUUAGUCAGAUGGGAGCAUCCCCUCCCACAUGGCUUCUGCGGAACUAUUAGCACUCUUGCAUUGUCCCUUAUUACCACAAAUGCCUCCUGUAUGUAAAUGAAUGCACCUUAGAUUUCAGUUAUUGUCAGGAAGAUUUAAAAUCUAUAGUCUUCAUCCCAUUCUUAAAAUAAGUGAAGCUGUAAUUGAUUGUUUAUAAAAAUCUAACACUUAUGUUGGGUAUCUAGGAUUUGUUUUGGUGCUAUACCUUACAACUAGAUAUUCUGUUUAAAUCAGAGAUCACCAAUCCCAUAUGAAAAAUUCUAAUAACAGCUUGUUUCAAUAAUAGUUGGCAGCUAGACCAUUGCUUGGCUAGGGUAAAAUAUAUAUUUGUUUUGUCAUGCAGGCUUUUUAUGUGCAGGCACAUUAUGCCAAAACCUAUUUAAUUUUAAUGGAGCCCUGGAGUUUCAUUGGAAUCAAGCCACGCUAUCAUCUGUUUUCCUUCAAAGCACAUGACCUGCAAUUGGAAAUGGACUGGAAUAAUUAAGUUAGGGUCUUAAAAUCUGUUUUAUUUCUCUCAGUAGA